AUGGCAGAUGUAUUCAAGCAAAUCCCUCUGCCCAGUCUGGACAGACCAUUCGGCGUAGAAUUAUGGCCAAUAUUCGAGGCUGCAUUCACGAAGGUCGCUGGUUUCCCAGCAAGCAAAUUUGUCUUCGUUCCAGGCUCUACUCCUCUGUCGACUUUGUCAUCAUGUGCAGCAAUGCUUACGACUUACUAUGUUGCGAUUUUUGCGGGACGUGAACUCAUGAAGAAGCAAAAACCCUUCAAUCUGAACGGCCUGUUCAUGAUCCACAACCUCUACUUGACGAUCAUUAGUGGUGUUCUCCUGUCUCUCUUCAUUGAGCAAUUGCUACCGACGGUGUGGAGAAAUGGAGUGUUCUACGCCAUCUGUGAUCACAGAGGAGGAUGGACACCUCCUUUGGUCAUACUAUAUUAUCUGAACUACCUUACGAAAUACCUUGAGCUCCUUGAUACCAUCUUCAUGGUCUUGAAGAAAAAGCCACUCACAUUCCUCCACACCUAUCACCACGGGGCCACGGCACUCCUCUGCUUCAGUCAACUGAUCGGCUUGACCUCUGUUUCUUGGGUACCCAUCACUUUGAAUCUUUUGGUACACGUCGUCAUGUACUGGUAUUACUUCCAGGCUGCUCGUGGUGUCAAGAUAUGGUGGAAAAAGUACAUUACUAUGCUCCAAAUCGUGCAAUUCGUGGUCGACUUAGUCUUCGUAUAUUACGCUUCGUACGCUUACUUCUCAUCCACGUACUUCCCUAACCUUCCAUCGCCAGGAAAGUGCGCGGGCGAAGAGUUUGCAGCAUUCGCGGGCAUGGGUAUCUUAAGCAGCUACUUAUUGCUCUUCAUCAGUUUCUAUUUCGCGACGUAUAAAAAAGAUGCAGCAAAGAGUGGCAGGGGGAGAAGGAGGCCAAGGAAGAUGAGUGAGACUGCUACAAGGGCUACAAUUGAUAUGGCGCGGAUGGAGGUGCCAGAUGUGCAUCAGGUCGGGGAGGUAAUGCAUAUCACAGGCUCGGAAAACCAGCAAUUAAAUGGAGCAGCAACAAAUGGAGGCAUUACUCCUAGAGUUACGAGGUCAAAGAAGGCAUAA